AUGGAAAGAAAGAAUAAUCUAGGAUCUGGGCUGCCUGCCAAGUCCGAGCCGACAGAGCGGAUCUUUUGGAGCACUGCCGAUCGACUUCACCUGUUGGCGUACCUCGAUUGGUGCGUGCAACGCUGCGGGAAUUUCGAAAUCACGGCUCCAGGUUACCUCGAAAAUGCGACAGGAAAACUUUUCUCGAAAGAGCGCAUCCGGCGAAAGCUGUACCAGGAAUGGAGAUCCUACGGAAUAUGCAAAAAUUUCAAUGAUAUUUUUGAGCUAGGUACGACUGGUCUCACGCCUCUGGUAGACGAGGAGCAGGAGAUGUUUCAUCAAAUUAUCAACAGCAUAAUCCCUGGCCAAGAAGCGAGUCACAUCGGAAGCCGAUCUUUGCAUCCUGAUGCGCGGUCGAGUACUCUCUCAGCACCUCGUUCAAUCUUUUCAACGAGCCGCUCUAGAGACUCCACGAAAGUGUCUACUCCACAGCCUGGUAGCUCAAGCGUGAUCCCAGAGCAUCCGAGACAACAGACCAAGGUAAAGCAUUCUUUGUGGCCAACAGGGCUGGGCCUGAACGAUGGUCUUAGUGAGCAUGAACUUGCAGGUGAUGAUGACAUAGAGAGUGUUCAAAGCGAUAGCAGAUCCAUACUAAGCAUUAUUGAAUCGCCGGAACGCUCAGAUAUAGAACCGAGGCUCGCCCCAACUAUGCCCACCCCUCAGAAGAAUACUGUGGUCGAAUGGGAAACACGAACAAUGGAAGCGGAAUGUAUCAUACGAAAUAAAACUCGAGUUUGUAAGGAAGCAUUCCAAAGAUGCUUCCAAAUCCAGGAUCUAGCAGAGGACGACUGGUUAGAGCAGAAGAGUGCCGAGUUUAACUGGUGGAUAUCCGGUCUUAAUGCGGACAAGAUUGGUCCAGGUUCCCUUGACUCUCGUCUAAUGCUUCGUCCAGAUGUGAGAGACGUUGUAGUGGAUCUGCUUCAAAGCAUGAUAAUUGCUCUUUCCGAAUGCGAAGACAUAGCGAAGAAGGAGGACAUAGCAGAAGACGAAUCUCUAGAAGAGUCCUCUUCUGAUAGCCAAGAUCUCACAACAGCCGAACUGAGACGAACACCAUCUCCUUGGUCUGAUAUGAGCGAUAGUAGCGGAAGCGACGCGAAAUCGUCUGAAAACGGAAAGGCAGUUGGCGAUUUGUAUCAGGAGCAGAAAUUUUACAUUGAGACCAACAUCGAAAUCAUGAUUCGAAUCUAUACUGCUAUCAAAAAGUCUGGCCUCAAGUUCAGGAACCAACGAGCCGAUGACGACUUGGCGAGGGCUGAAGAAAGAUAUCAACAUGAGAGGUCACGCUUGGGCGAACACAACGCGCUGUAUGGAAGCGAUCCGUCGAUCGGCGAGCAUGAGAGAUUCAGGCGGUUUUUAACUAGACUUGUCCUGCAAAAUGGAUACAAGGAGGGACUACUUCGCAUUAUUGAAAGCAGCAUUCAGCGGCUCAUCAUUAAGCACGGGCCCGAGGCCAAUGGUCAUCCCGAUCUCAAUCGCCAAAAAACUCUUCUUGUGGUCUUGAGAGCUUAUCUGUACGACACCUCUAGACUGACUCCAAUUCAACGUCGUCUAAUCAACGCGAACGUCGUAAGGAGAAAUAGACUCAUCCAUGCUGGGAACGCUGAAAAGGCUCAGCCCCGAACUAAACAGGAUGAGCCUCAACCCCUUCAGAAACUCCCCAUUGCGAAUGAAGUAACACAGCAAUCACAGGUAGAAGAGCGAAAGCUAGAUCAACACGGCAAAAUACCAGCGGCGACACUGUCACACACCCCGCCCGUCCCCGGACCCAUAAGUAGGAAGAGUUUCGUCAGUCAAGCGGCGACUGGAUUAGCUUCGAACUUCAGCAUCACCACUGCUUUGGUGCCUAUGAAAAAGACAAGAUCAGCUGUUACCAAGAUGUCAGAUAGGGUCGCAACUAUCGACUAUCCAAAAUGCCCCGCUACUAAAGGACCGUUUCCAUGUCCGUACUGCCCCUCAAUUCUGUCGCAUGCGUACACAGAAAGAAAUAAAUGGCGGGCACAUGUAGCACAAGAUCUUUGCGCAUACGUCUGCAUUUUUGAACCUUGCGAGUCUCCUGAUGACAUGUAUACAUCGACGUACGAAUGGAUGUCGCACAUGGCUAGACACCACUCUGCCAUGGAAUGGGUGUGUACAGAAUGCUCUAAACACGGCGCAUCGAUUGCUGAAAACGCCUCAAUCCAUUCUUUCGAAGACUCCUUCGACCUAAGAGCACACAUUCUCUCUAUACAUCCCGAGAUGGAUGAAUCCGAAGUACAACUCAUGGUCAAUGCUGGGAAUAGACCUGUUGGUAUCCAAAAAGUCGCAUGUCCUCUUUGCCGACCAGGGCUAGUAUCAAAUCGCUCGGGCGAGGAAGAUGAAACCGUGGUUCACCCUGGAAGCUGCGCCGAAGAGACUGCAUUGGUACAUCUAGAAGAGGAUGACCAUAUUGCAACUCACAUCCAUGAGUUUUCCCUUCAGGCCUUUCCAUGGCCUAACGAAACAAAGAGCCAAGACAAGUCGGAAAUGUCUUUUUCGAACUCCACGGCCAGCACCCGACAGAAAGUGACCAUCCCGGCCUCAGGCAACCCGGAUCCAAUAUUUGAGAUCAAGAACUAUUUAUACAACCAGUUAGAGAUCCCCCACAAUGUCCAGGAUGCAAGAAAAGACCCUUUAUUACCUCGUAAUGUUCCUAGAGAGACCCAGCGCUCCACCGAUAUUAGACGAGAAUACAUAGAAAGAGUCUUGGAGAUGAACCUUGGGUACCGCUACCCAAAACGCCUCCUCAUUGCGAUCGACUUUGGUACUACCUAUUCAGCAGUUUCCUACGUCGACAUGGCCGAAGGAUGUGCAGACAAUUUUGUCGACCCGAGAUCUAUUCGCUCGAUCGGAAACUACCCCGAUACUUGGCACUAUCACAAUGAUCCAAUGGGUAUGGAGGUUCCUACUCAAGUGAUGUAUCCCCUAGAUCGCCAUUUUCGCCACCGUUUUAAUAUCGAUGAUCCCGAAGGACAUUUAAAAAGCGGCGAUAGCGUUGGGGCGCCAGUCACUGAUGAAGACGGCGACAUCCUCAUGCUCUCGGACGUUUCAGGGGAGUUUCGAUGGGGUUACCAAGUACACGAAGUCUGGAAUCGUCCAUCUACACACUCCAACCCUAACAACCAACCUUUAUCUCGAUUUAAACUCUUACUUGAUGACAAUGUGCUGAGUGAGUCAGUGCGGCGAGAUAUAAGCCAGACUAUCAAUACACUCAGAGGAAAGGAAAUAAUUCAAGAGCCCCUUCAAGUCAUCUCUGAUUUUCUGACCUACCUCUUGGGACAUACUAGGUCCCAGUUGCGUCGUCAGGGAUUCGAUGAAAGUUACGAAACAGAAAUGAUACUUUGUGUUCCUGCUAGCUGGACGCAGGAAGCAUGUCGAGACAUGCUGGCAUGCCUAGAAUUGGCUAUGAAACGAGCUGACUUCCCGAGAGGUGACUUGAAGAACAAGUGCAUUGACAACCUCUUCAUCGUGUCGGAGUCGGAGGCAGCAGCUACAUAUAUGCUUUCCACUUCGAUUGAGAUAAAGGCUGAAGAGUGCUUUAUUUUACUAGAUUCAGGUGGCGGAAUUGUCGAUGCGAGUACCUAUCAAGUCAGCAUGCAGGAGCCGUUGAGGCUUGAGACCGAGAUAGUGGCUCCUGAAGGUUGUCUGCAUGGAUCUAGCUAUCUGAAUGAAGAUUUCCGGGCCUAUCUUGAAGGCAUCCUUUCAGAGGAAACGUACCUCAAUGACGGCGUUGAGACCAUCCAUGGAAUUGCUGAGAGAAUAACAUUUGCAGAAUUUGAAAAGAGGAUCAAGCGGGGCUUUGACUAUAAUCUGACAACGUCGAGAAAGGAGAUAUAUAUAAGAGGCCUUCGUGAUAAUCCUGCCAAGGGUUUCAGAAAUGAAUGCCUUUACAUUCCGAAACAGAAGAUUCAAGAGAUCUUUUUCAGACAUCUUGAUGCUAUAGUUGAGAUUGUGAAGAGCCAGCUCGAAGAAGCGAGGGAAAAAGGAUACACCGUUUGGAAAGUUGUUCUCACGGGAGGAUUUGGAAACUCAAUCUCACUUUUCCAAAGACUCCAAGAAUUUCUGGAGGGGUACGGUCGGGAACAUAAUUGUCGCAUGGUAUUGAUCGCACCUGGGGAAGGGACUUCCAUCAUCAAUGCAGUAGCCUCAGGAGCUAUCCUCAGAGCUUUGGACAAGGGGAAUGGACCGGCCAGAAUAGCUCGUUCAAGCUAUGGCAUAUUGAGGACUGAGGCUUUUGGGCAGUACCCUGAGCAUGCAGGUCAAAUGCCGUCCUAUGACCGUCAUGACGGGAUGCCCUACAUGGAACAGACGAUCGAUUGGGUUUUGAAGCUCGGACAAUUAGUCCCAUCGGUAUGGGAGUGUGAGCCCUUUACUUGUAGUCAUACAUUCGACGUGUGGCCUGUCCGUCCCCUUAUCUGCAAGGAGAUGCUCUACGUGUCAGACCGUGCGACAAGAUCGCAUUUUAGGAUAACUCAUCCCAACAACCAAGGUGCCAAGUAUGUUGGAGAAAUCGAGAUCGACUUCUCUUAUCUUCGAGAUCAGUUAGUCCCAGUCGAGCCGGCUCUUAGGAGUGAUGAAAAAAAGUUUGGGGAAAGACACUAUUGGAUCAGCUUUACCUUGGUCAUUAAGCUAGUAGGUUGCAACUUGGAAUGUAAGUUCUGGCAUAAGAGCCUGAUUCCUAGAGUGUCGUUUUUAGCUGACAUACUGGAGGUUUUGCUAUCCAUGGCCGGGAUGUGGUCAAGAAAUGUCGCAUAA